UGACCAGUGACAGUUCGGCUCUCGAUCAUGAAUAUGUAUGAGGUAUAGUAAUGAUACAUGUUAAACAUUUGUUUCUUCUGGGGAAAGAUGGCCCUGAUGGCCACACCUCCAACCUUCAUUGGCCAAUCAAAACGCUCCACGUGACGCUCGAAGACACUGAAGCCUUAUUAUACCAAACUGGGACCAACCGAGGGUUUAUAAAGGGUGCCAACGCAUCUGUUAGCUUCACUCUGCACCUGCAUUUUGGCUUGUGACAGUCAACGGUGAAGGAAGACAACUUGUAAACAGCAUGGCUUUCGUUCGAGUCUUGUGUUUUGUCCUGUUGGUGGGUUUUGCUGCAGCAUGUCAACAACACUCACACUGCCCACCCAAGUGUCCACCGAUGUGGACUUUCUACAACGGCAACUGCUACCGGUACUUCGGCACUGGCAAGACCUAUGAUGAAGCUGAGAGCCACUGCCAGGCGUGCACUGAAGUCGGCCAGGGUCACCUUGCGUCUAUAGCCAGCGCCGAGGAAAAUAAUCUGCUCCUGACGAUGUGGAAGUCGGUCCGUACAACUACAACAGGCGGCCUGUGGAUCGGUUUGAAUGACCAGGCAGAGGAAGGGAAGUUCAUCUGGACAGAUGGAUCAGCGGUUACCUUCACCGACUGGGCUACAACCCAGCCCGACAAUUAUCAAAACGCUGAGGACUGUGCUCACAUGCGGCAUGAGCUAGAUGGCGAUGACAGAUGGAAUGACAUCGCAUGCAACAGAGAGUUCGCCUACGUGUGCAAGGUGUCAACUACAAAUUAAAUCGACCCCGCAAUGGAUGACCACGGAGAGGCGUCAGAACAUAUUUGCCGCACCAAACCUGCAAAGCCCACAAUCGAUGGCAUCGGCCAUGAUCUCACCAAACAGUCUCACCAAACUAACACUCACAAACAGAAUCACUUCAAAACUUAAAGGUUGAAUUUCGUUGUAUAGACUGCACUGCUGUCAGGCUAUACACGGUGAAAAAGAAAUUGUUUUAAGACGUAACCCACUUUGCAUCUUCUUGGCUGUAGCGUUUACGGACCUGCAUGUUUUCGAGUUUAACAAGUAGUAUUUAGCCUUUACUCGUUUUACCAGGUGUCCAGGUUUAGUAUUGAGAAGUAUGGACGAAGAACAUACGCAACGGUGAACUAAUCAGCUGUUGUACUUUAAAAAGGUAGGGUAAAUCAAAUAUUCAUUUUGUGCAUUUGGUUUCGUUUAAAGCAAUAAAGGUGUUGAAAAUGUUAAGACGGAGCUUAACAACUAACCUGAUAAAAUUUUUAGAGCUUUGAAUGAUGCUUAUUCCGAGAGAAAAAAAAUUCUAGGAUCUUGGUUUCAAAUUCAAAAGUUGCCGAGUCAUGUUUUGCAUUG